AUGGCGAGUCGCCUGCCCGAGUUCCGCGAGCUCUCCGACUUGGGCCUCGCCGCGGAGGGGCUCGUCGACCUCUGGGCUGUGGUCUACCUUGCGGGUGCCACGGUCUCCCGCUCGACUCAGCUGUGUUUCAGCACGCGGGCGUCCGUGCCCGGAGGGCUGGGCCAAGCAGGCCAGACGCUCGCCGAGGCGGCGGCGGACCAGGCGCAGCAGGCCGAGGGCGGCAGCCCCGUCGAGGGCGAGCCGCAGGCGCGGCCGCCCACGCCGCAGCUGGUGCCCUGCGAGGCCCCAGAGCUCGUGCGGCUGCUCCACAGCGAGAUCGGCGGCGCCGCGGCCGGCAGCGACCUGGCGGACUCCACGGUCUGCACCAUCCGCGACAGCCAGGUGCUCUCGCUCGUGCCGGAGGGCGUGGCGCCCGGGGAGCACGUGCAGAGGGCCAUCCUCGGCAGGCUGGACCGCGAGGUGUCGGCCAGGAGGAAGUUCUCGGACUGGCUGCAGGGGGCGCAGCGGGUGGUGAUCCCGAGCGCUUCCGCAGACGAGGGCGGCAGCGAGAGGCGCGUGUACGAGCGCCUCAUGGGUUCGGUCGACCCCUCGCAGCACACGAUCCCGCUGGCCCUGCCCUCAGUGAAGCCGAUGGCCCGUCGGUCGGGGCUCCGUCGGGCCGCCCAUCGGGCCCUCGGCAGGGCGGGCUGCCCCGCGCUCCGGCAGGCCCUGCACUGCCUGGCCGAGCAGGUGGCGAGCACGCUGCAGGGGGGCUCCAAGGGCAAGGAGGACGAGCUCGUUCUCACGGGGAUCAAGGACUACCUCGGCGGCGCGUUCGACGACAUCCUGACGGACGGCGACGUGCCUGCACCGCGGCACCGGUCACCGCUCGAGGAGUUGGCGUCGCAGCACGCGGACCCCUCGGCCGAGGGGAAGCCAGAGAUUGUGAUCGGAAAGAUCGGCGAAGGAGGAGCCGAUGAGCCUGACGACGGCGGGGGGGGGCCUCGGCGAGGGUCUCUCUCUGUAACGAUGGCGGCCGGCGCGGCCGAGACUGUGACCCUGCACCGCCUCGAUUUUGAGGCGUGCGGCCACUGCCUGGCCGGCAGUGGAGGAGGUCAAAGCAGGCUCUGGAGCGGCGACAAGGUCGUGGAGGUGACUCGCGCAGUCCUCAGCCACGCCAGCGUGCCAGGCACUAGGCGUUCCGGUUUGCCCGCGUCCGCCGUGUAUUCGGCCGCCCAGCAGACGGGCCUGCAGAGCCGCGUCUACCCGUUUGCGCCGUCGGUGGCCACUGAGGAGUUCGAGCAGAUGUGGUUGCUGCACGCGUUCGAGGGGCUUCUCUCCAAGGCUUACCCAGAGAAGAAGUGGUGCCUCGCAGACCGAAGCUACCGGGAGUGCAUCCCAAGGGAGCUUCUUGCACAGACUCUGCAGGCGGCGCUGGCCAGCGAGCCGCUCGUGGCCACCGCGUACAUCCCUCGGCACGAUUGCCUCAUCAUCGCGCUUUACCAGAGGUCUCUUCACGGCAGUCCCUUGUGGCACUCGUGGAAGUGCGACCUCGGGUCCGAGCACGACUCCAACCGCUGGGCGGACGGGCUGUUCACGGUGCCGACCUACAACGACUGGCUCCAGCUGUUCGGCGGGAGCGCGGAGGGGGCGCCCAGGCCGCGCUUCCUCCUGGACGGCUUCGACGCUCGGCAGGUGGGUUACGGCGAGGUGGUGGAGAAGCUUGCGACGCCCGCGGACGGCUCCGUCAUCCUCGUCAGCAGGAUCGGCUACGGAAAGACCGGCACGCUCCCCCAGCCGUCCAACGACGCGGGCGGGGCUGGCGCGCUGGGCCAGUUGGUCGAGCCGCCGUGCGCGCCCGACAGCGAAGACGCGGAGCCUGCGGCCGCGACGCCGCCGCCGCCGGAGCAGGGCGCGGCGGAGGCUCCCCCGGCGUUCGACACCCCCGUCCGCUACGAGUCGCGCAUCGUGCGCGUGACCAAGGACGGCCUGACCUUCGGCUUCGUGGCCGACCGCGCGUGGGCCGCGCGCCUCCAGGCCGAGCAGCUGCGGCGGGAGGAGGCGAGGGCCGCCGCGCUGGAGGAGGAGGAGGCCGCCGCCGCGGCCCGUGCGGCGGAGGGUGGCGAGCCGGUAGACGCCGCGGCGCCCGCCGCAGGUGGCGCCGAAGACCUGCCCACGGGAAUGCCGUUCGAGGGCUCCCAGCUCGGGACGUUCUGGAUGGCGAUGGCGGGGGGCGCCCGGUGCACCGCCAGGGCGCACCACGAGGCCCUGCCGCAGGCAGACCUCGCCGCCGCCCCGGAUGGGGCCCAGCCCCCGCCGAUGGGGGUCGUGCUGGCCUACACGCUCGCCAACGGGCAGGUGGUGCAGGUCUUCAGCGACGCCUCGGUGCAGCUGCGGUGGCCGCUGGCCCUGCAGAGCGGCAAGGACGGCGUGCGCGCCACGGAGGAGGCCGCCGCCAGCGGGGCCCGGGUGAUGGCCGAGGAGCUCGGCAUGCUGGCGCCCCCGUCGCCCCCGCCGCCAGUGCCCCCGGCGAGCCGUGCGCGGGUGGUGCCGGGGUGCCCGGAGGACGUGGAGGUCUCCAGGACGAUCACCCCGCUCGGCACGCUGACGCGCCGGCUCCUCUCUGGGCGGCUCGAGGUCUACCACACCGACGGCAGCUCCGCGGUGCGCAACCCCACGGGGGCGGAGCUGGACGCCAUCGUCGCGGGCCUGCGGGGCGAGCCGGGGAGUGGCGGCUCCGGAAGCCUGGACUUCCUCGAGCGCCUGAGCCGGGCCUACGGCGAGAGGCACCAGGAGCCCCUGGUGGCCCCUCCCGACGCCAAGGCUGUGCGUGAAGGCCUGCCUGGGCACUGGGUGGUGGUGCGGCCCGACGGCAGCAUCUUCGGCAGGGUGGCGAGGCCUCCGCCGCCGCCGCCGGAGCCGCCCCCGCCGCCGCCGAAGCCGCCUACGCCGGAGCCGGAGCCGGCAGACGUCAAGAAGGCCGCGUCCAAGAAGGGCGGCAAGGCCGCCGCGAAGGAGGAGCCGCCCCCCGAGCCGGAGCCAGCGCCGCCUCCGCCGCCUCCGCCGCCGCCCCCGCAGCUGCACGAGCUGGUGGGCGGCUACUUUGUCGACGAUGGCGACAUCAUUGAGUAUGUCAUUGAGCCAGUGGCAGUGGCAAGACAAGUGGACAUAAUGACGAAGCAUAAGACCAUGACCAACUCCAAGGGCCUGACAAUGUACGAGGACCCCGAUGACACCCAGAAGAUCAUCGUGCAUGCCGACGGCACGCAGGUAAUCAAAACUCUGGUCGAGGACGGUGCAAUCAUCGAGGUAUCGAAGAGUCCAAUGGCUCACGUCAAGUGUGAGCUCAGGGAUUCCAUCGAGAUCCGCGUGUCAGUAGCGACCUCGGACGGCACCUACUUGGUCGCCGUACCGCAGAUGCUGCAGGGCGACGGCGAGCUGGUGCCUGUCGUGGCCAGCAGAGAUACCCAGCCAUGGCGGGCAAACUACGCCUCUGUCGUCUUGACGAAUUGGGAGGGUGCUUCCGUUGUGUCGACGGGAUCUGGAGAGAUCAAGGUGUACACGAAGCCUCAGGGCUCGGAAGCAGAGGUCGAGCAAGCGUACGCGGCGCACUGCACCGAAGGUUUGUUGUCUCUGGUGGACAAGCGCGGCGUGGCCUUCGAGAUCUACGGCGACCAGACGUUGCGGGUCUCGCAGGAGAUGGGACAGGAUGUGUCGAGCCCAAGGUGCACUGUUCCGUGCAAGGCCCACGGGCUGCUCCCCGACGACGCCGGAGGCGAGCCCCCGCCGGAGGCCUCCGAGGCGGGGGGGCCGCCGCCGCGGACCUUCGUGGUGCACGGCAACGGGGACGCCGAGGAGCUGCUCUGCAGGAGCGACGUCGAGGAGCUGCUCGCGGCGGCCCGCGCGGACCCCUCGGCCAGCGUCGUCAGGGAGCCGCCCACGCACGCCGGCUCGCUCCUGGAGCACAUCACUGUCUAUCGCAGCAGGGUGCCGGACGCGCCGGUCUUCUCCUCGGCGGACCUCGUGGCGCUGCCGGACACCCUGCAGGGCAACUCGUCCGAGCUGCUCGGGACCUCCGCGGACGCGCUGAAGAGCCCAGCGUUGCAGCCGCCGGGUAUCUCGGAGUACUCGAAGUUCAUCGCCUACCCGCCGCUUUCGGAGCAGGAUCGCGUCAGGUUCCAGGGGACCCUCGGGCAGUAUCGGCAGUGGGAGGCCGAGCAGCUGGCCAAGAGUCGCGCCGUGAUGAAGCCGCCCGAGAAGCCCAAGAAGCAAAAGGAGAAGACCGAGGUGAAGAAGAAGAAAAAGAAGGGCGAGCCGCCCACGCCACCCCCGGAGCCGGUUGUGGUGGAGCCAGAGCCUGCCUUCGUGCAGGACUUCACGAUCGACGCGUUCAACCACCACCUGCAGGUGCUGCGCCGCCGCGCGGAGGACCGGGCUCGACGGACAGCUGCGCCCACUCCUGCGGCAGCGACCACAGAGGCCGAGGAGGGACGGGUGCCGGAGGAGGUCGCCGACGGGGCCGUCGCGGCCCCCGACGGAGCGGACGCGGUCGAGAUGGUCGAGGCGCCAGAGCAGGCGGCGGCGCAGAAUCCGCCGGAUGGGCAGCAGCUGGAGGAGGGCGAGGAGCUCGAGGAGGAGAUGGCGGAAAGGCAGUCUGGCAUCGAGAAGAAGUACAUCACGCGCAAAGAGCUGGACGAGCAGCUCCGGUCCCUGUCGUACUGGGACUCCGACCCGGGGAGGCAGUUCCUCCGCGACUCCGCCCCGGACAUCCCGGAGUCCCCGCACAGGUCCGACCGCGCGCGCGUGCGCCACAGCAAGGCUCCGCCCCCGAAGCGCUCCCCGUGGAACCCGCGCCUCGUCGGCGAGCCGGAGCCCGAGGACCAGCCCGAGGCGCAGGAGGCAGAGCCGGAGCUCACGGCAAUGGUGCCUGAGCCGCAGAUGUUCAGUUCUGCGCCGCCACCCAUCGACGGCUCGACGAUGCCUGGCGGCGGGCUCGGCGCCACCUUCGCGCCCGCCGCCCGGGCGCCGGCUCCGAUCCUGCCCGAGAGGGACCUGCAGCACGAGGGCGCGCACCCGGACAAGAAGGGCGUCGAGUGGGACGUCUACGGAGAGCUGCGGCCCCAGCGCCCGCCCGUCAGCCAGGCCCACAUCACGAUCAACUCGGACUACGUGGCCGUGGAGGGGGAGACGGACCGGCGUGUCCGCACGUGCAGCGUGGCCCACAAGAAGAACGCCACGAAAGCGCCCAGCGUGUCCACCGUGCGGAAGUCCGGCGCGCACACGCUGGGCCUGGGUUCUCAGGUCGGGCCGCGGGAGAUCCUGGGCGACCCCGCCCUGGCCAGCGCCGAGGAGCAGUGGAAGCUGACGAGCACCAUGCAGGGCCUGGGCGACCCGACCAAGCUGGCCGAGGUGACCCCCGGGAGCCUGCGCUUCGGGCCGCUCCGGCUCGGCUCCCUCUACCGGAUGUCGUUCUACCUCCGCAACCUCGACGUGGACGUCACGCGCUUCCACGUCAAGAAGGUUCAGAGCGACCUGGUGCUGCGCGAGCACCAGUCAGGGCACCUGGCGCCCGGCCUGGCAGAGCGGAUUGUGGUGGAUGUGGCAGCCAAGGUGCCUUGCAACAAAGUCGAGCAGAUGAUAGAAAUAAAGGUCAAGGCCCACGUCAUAAAGGUGCUCGUCACAGCCCGCAUCUUCGACGCCGAGGAGUACGACCGCCUCGACGCCGAGUCUCUGGCUCUCCACGGCCGGCGCAUCGGCCGUCACCGCGAGGUGGGCGACGACGUGAACAGGAAGUCUCCUGUCCAGCUCGUUGACGAUGAGAAGGAGUGCCGGCAGAAGCUCGGCGAGGCGUACCUGCCGCCGCCGCUGGACUUCCGCGAGGACGCGGCGACCUCGCCGACCUUCGGGCUCUCGAGCGCCUGA